AUGUCUGCCGGGGGAGAACACCUCAAGGAUGAGGGCACGCGACGACAAGUCGUUCUCGCAGGCGGGAUCGCAGGCCUGGUCUCCCGAUUCUGCGUCGCUCCCCUCGACGUCGUCAAAAUCCGUCUCCAGCUCCAAAUCCACUCCCUCUCCGACCCAACUUCACACCAGAACAUAAAAGGCCCCGUCUAUAAAGGCACGCUCCCCACGAUCCGCUCCAUAUUCCGCGAAGAAGGGAUAACAGGAUUAUGGAAAGGCAACAUCCCCGCGGAACUAAUGUACGUCUGUUAUGGCGCCAUUCAAUUUGCCGCCUACCGAACAACGACACAAGCCCUAUCGCAACUAGACCCUUACCGGCUCCCUCCGCCGGCGGAAUCCUUCGUCGCGGGCGCACGGCAGGCGGCACAGGGCACAGAACGUGUGUAUGCGUCUCUCUACGCGUCGGUGCGCGAUAUAGCGCGGAAUGAGGGCCCGAGGGGGUUCUUUCGGGGAUGUAGUGCGGCGGUCGGGCAGAUUGUGCCCUACAUGGGAUUCUUUUUUGCGACGUACGAGUCCUUGCGGCCGGUGAUGUCUGGAUUGCAUGAUCUGCCGUUUGGGUCGGGGGAUGCCGCAGCGGGAGUGGUGGCCAGCGUGUUGGCCAAGACGGGUGUUUUUCCGUUGGACCUGGUGCGGAAGAGGCUGCAGGUGCAGGGCCCGACACGCUCCAAGUAUGUGCAUCGGAAUAUCCCGGAGUACCAAGGGGUGUUCAACACCAUGGCCAUGAUCGUGCGGACACAGGGGAUGCGAGGACUCUACCGCGGUUUGACGGUGAGUCUCUUCAAGCUGCGCCGGCCAGUGCCGUGA